UGCGAAGACUGACAACAAAAACGAUCAAAUACGUCGAAAAACUUGAUCGUUUUGCCACGGUUCUUUUUACAACGGUUUGUCAACGGGUUUCCUGUGCGUAUUUUCCACAAUGGAUCCAGCCCAGUCCUGCGAGUUUGAUUUCAAGUCAUCCGCUUUUACAAAUAAACUUUUGUUUAAGAACUGUUCCAGCGUACUAACGGGUCCGGUGGAAUCAAAAAAGUUUUUUGGAACAACAACUCAUUCGUCUACAAUUGUUUCCUGGCAUUACAUAGUUCAACUGGGAGCAGUCAAUACAACAAUUGAGGUACAUGACAUCCGGAAUCAUCAAGGCCGGCUCGCGGAUUGGAGAUGAAUUAAAAAUAUCUCGGGAUUCUACCAGGAGUUAUCUCAUUCAGGGCGGCAUUGAUUUAACGCUGUCGAUUCACGAACUAGCUCAGGAAGACGUUCAACAGCCAAUCCAGCCAACGGUUCCACUCCCGGAUUCACAGCUUCUAGACCAUUUCGCGGUUCUGCUAGAAAGCGAAAAGUUCACCGACGUUACGAUAAUCGUCGGAAAGAAGGAAUUUCUCGCCCACAAGGCCAUUUUGGCGGCACGCAGUCCGAUUUUUGCGGCCAUGUUUGAGCACGAGAUGCAGGAAUCCAAAGAAAACCGGGUCACAAUCGAGGACGUUAAGCCGCGGGUUUUCCAGGAAGUACUGCGAUUCAUCUACACCGGAAUCGUUAAGGAACUGGAUCAACUUGCCAACGAGUUGCUGGCCGUUGCCGAUAAAUAUGCUCUGGACAAACUCAGGACACUCUGCGAGGAACAACUGGGAUCGACGCUGUCUGUGGAAACGGUUACGAGGACGCUCUACCUCGCCGAUUUGCACCACGCGGAGCAGCUGAAGCAGCAGGCAGUGCAGUUUAUCUCACUGAACAUUAAGGCCAUUCCAGCGGCGGACUGGCAAUCCAUCAUCGCCACAAACCCGGCGUUGGCCGCUCAAAUGUUUGCCCAAAUGGCACGAUUGAAUUAGGGAUGGGAAGUUUAGCAUUGAAGGGCAAUGCAUCGUCGCUACUGAGCAAUAAAAUCAUCAAAAACUUCAAUCAGCA